AUGUCUACAAUCAGUUCCAACCCUUUUGCUCUUCUGAGCGGUGGUGAUUCGGACGACGAAGGCGGUGCCACCCGAUCGGCUGCCGUCAAAUCAACCAAAGCCCCCGUCGCGGUUGCCCCUCAACCCAAGAAGACGAUCCCUGGACAGCAGGCGAAGCGGGACCGUGGUGAUUACCCAUCCCGUGGUGCGCCCCGCAAGGUUUACGGCGGCCAAUCCGCCGGCGCUGAUACCGAAGUCAUCGGCUCUAAACCUGCCGGACAAACCGAGCAAGGACGCGAUGACCGAGCUGAGCGUCGUGGUGGUGCCCGUGGAGGACGUGGGACCAGAGGCCGCGGUGCGGCCCGUGGCCGUGGUAACGGACGUGAAGAACGCCCCGACCGCCACAGCGCAACUGGCACACACGAUACCGACAGGAAAGUCGCUUCUGGAUGGGGUGCCGAAGAAGGCAAACAAGAGCUGCAAGCCGAGACCGAAGGCUUUGGGGAUGCCAAGGCUGCCUUGACCCCUGGUGACGCUGACGAAGGAUGGGGUGCUGCCGCGGCCGAUGACGCUGCCCCAGCCACCAACGGUCACGCCAAAAACGGCGAUGGGGCCGACUUCAGAGAGGAAGAGGAGGAAGACAAGACGAAGACCUUUGAGGAGUACCUGGCCGAAAAGGCUAGCGCCGCCAACGCCCUCCCCAGCUUGAAGAAGGACGUCCGAAAGCCCAACGAAGGUGCCGACGACUCGCAGUGGAAGGACGCUGUCAAGUUCGUCAAGGGCGAAGAAGAGGAAGAAGUCUUCUUCCAACCCAAGGAAAAAAAGACUACCCAAACCACCAAAAAGGUUAAGGAGAAGACUUUCAUCGAAGUCGAGCCGCUAGGCUACCGCCCGUCCCGAGCUGGAGGUGAGCGUGGAGGACGAGGCCGAGGUCGCGGCCGAGGUGAUCGGGAUGGUGAGCGUCGCGAGUUCAAUGGCGACCGUGGGGCUCCCCGAGGACGUGGUGGCCGAGGCGCCAAGGAACUCAACACCGAAGACGCCAAUGCCUUCCCCAGUCUCUCAUAA